AAAUAAAAAAAACUCGAUUUUUUUCUUUAGAUGUAAUUUUUCUGAAUAUCCUUCUGUUGAUAAUAAAGGUAACUUUUAUGUGGUGUUCCAGCGCUGACAGACGCGGAGAUCAGGUCUCAGGCACUUCUGUUUUUCCUUGCGGGGUAUGAUACAACCUCUAACAGCCUGAUGUUUACUUUCUACCACCUGGCAAUCCACACAGACGUCUGUGAUAGGGUGAUGCAGGAAGUCGAUGAUAACUUGGGAAAGGAAAACCCCGAUUAUGAUAACAUCAAAACACUUACUUAUAUGGAAAUGGUGAUCGAGGAAACUAUGAGAAUCUUUCCUGCAGCAUCCAGAAUUGACCGAAUAGCCAGUCGAGAUGUCACUAUUGGAAAUGUCGAAAUCCCUAAAGGCAUGAUCGUGAACAUCCCAGUAGGCGCCAUACAGAUGGACCCCGAAUACUGGCCUGACCCAGACAAGUUUGACCCUGAAAGGUUUACUCCUGAGGCCAAGAAGACAAAGAAGAAACCCCCAAUUUUGCAGGGCUCCACAUUAGCCGCCUCUUACAACAUGCAGUGGGGUAAAGCUGGUCUUUCUGUCCCUGACACUGCACUGGUGUAG